AUGACCUGUUUAAGAAUUGCUCGACAAUUCUUGCGACGCUGUCUGAAGUCUGUGAGUGAUAUGUACCAUCAAGAAUGUAUGACUCUAAACUCCGAGCACAGAGAAGAUGAAAGAUCUACACAGGUCAUACAGCUGACCACAGGGGCCAACAUACGAUUCUAUUCAGUAUUCUACACACUACACCCUAACAGGAAGAACCUGAACAUCAGUAACUUUCAAACGCAUCUGAUGGUGCUUGGUGUAGGCUGGGCGAUUGUGAAACUUCAGGGUUGGCCUGUGGCCACUGCUGAGCUCCUCCGCCCUGGAGGCGGCCAGCCCGGGGCAGACUACUGGAAGUCACAACCAAAGAAAUUCUGUGAUUACUGCAAGUGCUGGAUAGCGGACAAUAGGCCUAGUGUUGAAUUUCAUGAAAGAGGAAAAAAUCAUAAGGAAAAUGUGGCAAAGAGGAUCAGCGAGAUUAAACAGAAAAGCCUGGAUAAGGCAAAGGAGGAAGAAAAGGCAUCAAAGGAGUUUGCUGCAAUGGAGGCAGCUGCCCUGAAAGCAUACCAAGAGGAUUUGAAAAGGCUUGGCUUAGAGUCAGAAAUUACAGAGCCAGCCACAUCACCAGUAACCAGCACUGUCCCACCCACACCCACCUCUGGAUCAAAUCAGAAAGAAAAGAAGAAGAAGAAAAAAGACCCUUCAAAAGGCAGAUGGGUAGAAGGCAUAACCUCUGAGGGUUACCAUUACUAUUAUGAUCUCAUCACAGGAGCAUCUCAGUGGGAGAAACCUGAAGGAUUUCAAGGAAACUUAAAAAAGACAGCAGCAAAGGCCAUUUGGGUAGAAGGUUUAAGUGAAGACGGCUAUACCUAUUAUUAUAAUACAGAAACAGGAGAAUCCAGAUGGGAAAAACCUGAUGAUUUCAUUCCACACACUGGCGAUCUGAGUUCUAGUAAAGUCAAUGAAAAGGCACUUGGCACCGUAGAAGAGUCCAAAUCAUCAGAUUCGCAUAGCGGCUCUGAUGGGGAACAGAAAGCAGAAAAAGGAGAGGUCUCCACACAAACACCAAAGCUAAAAAUAAAGUUUAAGGAAAAAAAUAAAAAUAGUGUUAAAGGAACUGAACCAGAAAAACAGAAAGAAAAAAAUAUCCAAGAAGAGAAUUCAUCAGGUCCAAAGGAAGAAAAAUCCAAAGCUCAUAAAAAAUCAAACCCCUAUGGAGAAUGGCAAGAAAUUAAACAGGAAGUCGAGUCUCAUGAGGAGGUAGACUUGGAACUUCCAAGCCCUGAAAAUGAAUAUGUAUCAACUUCAGAAGCUGAAGCUGGGGUACCCAAAGUAGUUUUUAAAGAAAAAACAGUCACUUCACUUGGAGUCAUGGCAGAUGGAGUGGCCCCAGUCUUCAAAAAGAGAAGAAUUGAAAAUGGAAAAUCUAGAAAUUUAAGACAACGAGGUGAUGACCAAUAACUGUAAAAGAGCUUUUUAUACCUGCUUUUUGGACAGAAUAGAGACUCCGCAUCUUAAAAGCUUCUCUGUUAUUUCUAAAUACUUUAAGCUAAAAAUUUAGAUUUAUUCUAAAUGUAUUUUAUGUGAAUUUAAAAUAAAUCUUUUCAUGUGAAAUUUAUUUUUGUUCCUAAAAUGGAAGCCUACCACAUUGCAUUGUAAUACAGUGUAUUAUGUUCAGUGUCUAAAAAAUGCUAAUUAUGUCAUAAGAUGCUAUGUAUCUGUUAUUUAAAACAUAGAAAAGCAA